AAUGGAACCUCAGAAGAGGUGAAGAAUAUAGUUUUUGUCCUUAAUGCUGGUGAAGUGCCUUCUCAGGAUGUUGUGGAGGUGCUUUCGCUGGUGAGGUUAGUGUAGAGAUGCUCGUCAAUAUGGGCAUUCCUUGGGUCAUUCUUGGUCAUUCUGAGAGGAGGGCUCUGUUAAAUGAAUCAAAUGAGUUUGUUGGAGAUAAGGUUGCAUAUGCUCUUUCUCAAGGUUUGAAGGUAAUUGCUUGUAUUGGAGAGACUCUUGAGCAGCGAGAAUCAUGAUCUACCAUGGAUGUUGUUACUGCACAAACUAAGGCAAUUUCAGUAGACUGGCCUUCCGUCAGCAGCUGCUGCUAGAUCAUCAUCAGACUUCACCUCCACCGGCAAUCUCAGCAGCUCAUCUUUUCUAUAUAUUUACAUAGACAUAGCAAUGGCAAAAUAA